AUGGGAUCUUCUCCUCCCGACUACCUUCAGCUACGCAGCCUAGCAGAAAAACUAAGACCAAGCAUAUCCUUAGCGAAGAAGCAGUUCUGGAUCGCAAUUCAGUGCCACAAACCACAGACUGAUAACGACUCUACAAAGAUAAACUUUCUCUGGAUCAGGGCAAAAUCAAAAGCAACGAUUCGCAAGGUACAUAAGGCUUACAAGUCAGUCUAUUCUGGAAACACGAUUCUGUUACUUGGAGAAACAGCUCCCGAGCCUGCAAAAUGCAUUAGGGAAUUAGACAAUUUUAGAGACAGAAUGAUUGUCCUAAUUGCAAUUCCUACUGAGGGUGGCGACGACUCAACAGUCGAUGACAGUACCCUGUUGUUGCACCAUUCUUUUUCGCGAUGUACAGAAUUCAAAUCAAUCGAAAAUGGCGCCAGAAAUCAAGGGGCAUUUUGCAGGACUAUGGUCCCUCUCAAUGUAAAGGAUGACUGGCCUGCUACAAAUUUCACGAACACCUAUGUUGCUACUGCACAGCCAUGCUCAAAAGGCACACUCGAACAAGGCACCUUUGAGGACAUAGCCAUGGAAACAUUGCAAAUCCAAUCCAGUAUGGAUAGUGCUAAGGGGAUGCUAGAGAACUUAGGCUUUACCCCUAAACCUAGUGGGCAUGUGCAGAUCUCGGCGAAGCACACCAACCAAAGCAGUAGCAUUUCUGACGGCCAGAUCUUAGAUGCUUAUUAUCAGCGAAGCAAGAAAAUGUCGGAUUGGAGGCUCCGGAUUAACGCUUGUAUUGCUAUCUGUUAUCGUGUUGUGAUGUUCGUGUACAGGAGCUCUCAGCUCAGAGGAACUGUAUUCCAGCUAUCUAGUCCAGAUGCUAUUUACAGUCAAGAUAAGGAGAAGGUGAGAGAGGCAGGCUACCACCCCAUGUUGUUUGUGUUCGCGCACGGUCCACGUGCUGCUGAGGCAAGUGGUGCGGGAGUACCUGUAAAUGUAAUUCGUCGGUUCCGCGUCCGGUUCCGCGUCCGGUUCCGCGUCCGGUUCCGCAUUUCCGGUGGUUCCGCGCUUAACUCCGCAUCUACAUCCUGCUUUGUCCACACACUCUCUAGUCCAGAUGCUAUUUACAGUCAAGGUAAGGAGAAAGUGAGAGAGGUGGGCUACCACCCCAUGUUGUUUGUGUUCGCGCACGGUCCACGUGCUGCUGAGGCAAGAUUAGAUGAGAUAUUGUAUGAAAUCGAUUCGAUGGUUGUUCAUGAUUGA